CCACCAGAAACGGCGGAGGAAUAUGUUACUCUACAACGACAAAACUACUUUAUUGGACACGAUGCAUCCCAUCUCAUUUCCUUCGAGCGAUGUACCAGGAAUUCGCUUCCUGUAUUGAGAACCAAGUUUUCAAAAGUCAGAAUAAAUAUUGAGUCGAUGGGCAUUAUGCAGGACGACUUCACUUUUGCAACCACAACAGGAAAUAGUAGCAAAGAAAGGAAUGUGCCAUUCGGUACUUGCAGCGACUGUACAGCUGAAGCAUGGUGGGAAAAACGUUGGGGACCUUGUGAACUUGAAGGCACAUUUCAAAUUGAUUUACAUGACACAGGAUUAUCUAUAGCGAAAUCGGUUGGAUGGGUCAACGAUAGCGGAGAUUGGUUUAGUGAAAUUCGACAAUUCAGUCGAUCGGCCGACUCUACAAAAGUAAGCUGUCUUGUGAUUGGCUGGUGUGGAAACUGCAUUCCAAACGACACCAUUACACUUGAACCUCUUUACGGAGCAGAGACAAGUGGCACAGCACAGAGAGUAAUUUGUGACUGA